AUGAGUCGCUCAUUAACGACUCGCCUGAUGGCGCAGUCGAUAUCCCGCCGAACCUGCACCGCGACAACUCCCAUCGUCGUCCGCCACAUCUCCUCGACACCGACACGAUGCGAAGAAAAGAAGACAUCCAACUCGGAAUCCUUCCUCGAGAGCAUCUACAGCCCAAUGGCAGCCAAGGAGCCCCCUUCAUCACUUGAGGACCUCAGCAAAAGUGCCGUCUUCCAGGCCCUCUCGAAAUCCAGCGCCGUCGACACCAGCAUGCUUCGCAACGACGGCAGCAAGCCCAGCAAGAAGACGGAAGACCACGAGCCGUACCAUCUGCACAUCUACUCGCACAAGCACAACACGCACAUCUCCUGCACAAAGCCCAACCGCGAGGCCAUCAUCUCGCUGUCCUGCGGCAACAUUGGCUUCAAGAAUGCCCGUCGCGGCACCUUUGACGCUGCCUACUCGCUGGGCAAGUACGUCCUGGAGCGUCUCGUGCACAAUGGCUGGCCCAUGAAGAUGAAGAAGCUGGAGCUUGUCAUGCGCGGCUUCGGCCAGGGCCGUGAGGCGGCCAUGAAGGUGCUGUUGAGCCCUGAAGGCAAGGUGCUGCGCGACAAGAUUGUGCGCGUGACGGACUCGACGCGCAUCAAGUUUGCCGGAACAAGGAGCAAGAAGCCCAGACGUCUGUAA